AACCUUCAAAGGAGGUUUCACUUAAACUGAGGCCUAUUUUGAGGUAAAAGGUUGACAAUCGUUCUACAUAAGAGGUGUGGAAAUGCGUAAGAAAGAAAACGUUUCGAAAACGCGUUUCCUUUCUUAAGACCGAUAUUUUCCGUCCCAUGCAUUACUUCGCAUCUACAUCUAGCAAAUGAUGUUUUUUUAUUGUGCGGAAAAAUAUUACCACCAAAGCAAAGUAAACACAAGUGAAUGAAUAACGGGGAUUUCCCGUAGCCUGCAACUAAGCUAUAUUGAAGACUCCAAUCGAUCGUUCUGUUUGGUAAGAUUGAUUGGCAUAUUAAAUGUAUGCAUGUAAAAAUGCGAACGGCUGAUUUGUGCUUGUGCCAAUCGCAUUUCCUUCGACAGUGUUGGUAGGUAAGAGAGCGAUUGUUUGACGUUCGACCGAUGAAGCUAUCAGCAGAGAUUUUAAUAAAACUCCAGUUUUGGACAAGGAGUCAAAGCACUAGGGAGGAAUCGUAGUUACAUUACGCUGCAUCUCGAUUCGAUCAUUGGAAAUGUUGGCAAUAGGAGUUAUAACAUGGAUUACAGUUCUCUUCAUAAUUGCACUCAACACUGUUACUGCUUCACCUCGGUUGGUAUGCUACUACACAAACUGGAGCCACAGUAGACCGAAAGAAUACUCGUAUCGAAUCGAGGAUAUACCAGGAAAUCUAUGCACACACGUAGCAUACACCUUUCUCGGCGUGGAAGAGGCCACAUCGGAGCUCGUGUCGUUGAAACCGGCUUAUGAUAACCUUCAAAAUGGGUUCGGUCGAUUUCGAGACCUUAAGGGCCGUUUUCCGCAUCUGAAACUCAUAGUUUCGGUGGGUGGUUGGACUCACGGUGGUAGUGUCUUUAGCAAGAUGGCUUCGACCAGAAGCAGUCGACUAAAGUUCGUCACAAGUGUGGCGCAUUUCAUGGGAAAGUAUGGCUUGGACGGUUUUGAAAUCGUAUGGCUGUGGCCAGGCGCUACCGAACGUGGCGGCAAACAAGAGGAUAAAGAUAAUUUCUACUAUUUGGUCGAUGAUUUGAAACGCGAAUUUCAGAAAGUUGGUAAAUCUUGGGAGGUGGUUGUGCAAGUCCCGGUUGAUCGUGCUCGACUCGUGGCGGGAUAUCAUCAAGAGUCGCUUUGCCAGGUAGCUGAUUAUAUUCAUCUAGCCGGGUAUGAUCUUCGUGGUCCGUGGACAAAUGUAGCAGAUGUGCACAGUUCGCUAAAACGCCGCGCUCACGACCAUGACUAUUUCUACACAUUGAAUAUUGAAGACGGGGUCGACACGUGGCUAAGCAACGGAUGUACAUCCAAUCAAAUUGUGCUCGGUCUCCCACUUUACGGUAGAAGUUAUACUUUGAUAUCUUCCGCGGAAACCAGCCCCGGUUCGGACGUGGUCGGCGCUGGUAAGAUAGGUCCAUUCACCAACGACCCAGGGCUUCUGGGGUAUUUCGAGAUUUGUGACCUGCUCAAGGACGGUAAUUGGACGACGGAGUGGGAUUCAAUUGCCGAGAGUCCAUACACACAUUUUGGCGAUCAGUGGAUAGGGUACGACAACGAGCGAUCUCUCGAGGCAAAGACUAGGUGGGCAACGGAGAAACGGCUUGCCGGUGUGUAUGUCUACACACUAGAUUUGGACGAUUAUAGAGGAAAGUGUGGCGAACCGUAUCCACUCGUCAGAACUCUUCAUAAAUAUGUGGAAAGUUACACAACGACGGAUGAAGUCUUUUCGUUUGCCAUAUUUCGUUCGUGACCAUGCGAUUCUAUAAAUUAUUGAAGUAAAACGAAACAUUCCGCAGUUUUAUGUAAGUCAUAUUUCUGCAUUUCUUGUAGGACCUGCAU